GUUGCAAAAUCAAAGCGUUGAGGGCCAAGACGAACACCUACAUCAAGACACCGGUGCGAGGAGAAGAACCCGUCUUCGUCGUCACCGGGCGGAAAGAAGACGUAGCCAUGGCCAAAAGGGAAAUCCUCUCGGCCGCCGAACACUUCUCCAUGAUCCGAGCGUCGCGCAACAAGAACGGGCCGGCCCUCGGAGGUUUGCCGUGUAGAGCCACGAUCAAAAGGAUUCAGCAGCAAACCCACACCUACAUCGUCACGCCCAGCAGGGACAAAGAACCCGUCUUCGAAGUCACGGGGAUGCCCGAAAACGUCGACCGGGCGCGCGAAGAGAUCGAGAUGCACAUCGCCAUGCGCACGGGCAACUACGUCGAGCUCAACGAGGAGAACGAUUUCCAUUACAACGGGACGGACGUGAGUUUCGAGGGCGGCCCGCUGGCUUCCGCCUGGCUCGCUUCCAACCCCGUCCCUCCCGGCCGCGCCCGGAUGAUUUCGAAUUCACGAAACGACAGCUCCAGCUCGUUGGGAAGCGGCUCCACGGAUUCUUAUUUCGGAAGCAAUAGAUUGGCCGACUUCAGCCCCACGAGUCCCUUCAGCACGGAAAACCUCGAUCACCCGUUGGCGAGGAGAGCGAGGAGCGACCCGCCCGGCGCCGCUCACCAAACCGCUCUCCCCGUUUACAUCCCGGCUUUUUCCAACGGUACCAACAGUUAUUCCUCAUCCAACGGCGGCUCGACGUCCAGCUCGCCGCCGGAAUCGCGUCGCAAGCACGACUGCGUCAUCUGCUUCGAGAGCGAGGUCAUCGCGGCCCUCGUGCCGUGCGGCCACAACCUCUUCUGCAUGGAGUGUGCCAACAAGAUCUGCGAGAAGGAGACGCCGGCGUGUCCCGUUUGCCAGACAGCUGGUACCGCAAUCCAAAUCCACUCUUAA